GGAUUGUAGUCGUCCCGCGAGGGCCUGCCUAGGGGCGGUUGGGGGCUGCGGAGUUUCACGGCCGAGGGGUGGCCCGUCUCCGGAGUCAGCCAGGAAGGCGGACGCUUCGGUAGGAGCUCGGCUGAAGGAGGAGUGAGUAGCUGCACGGAGUAGACCGAGGAGACUGGAGGGCUAUGGGCUCCCGAGAGGGAGGACUACAGCCCCCAGCACGCAACGCAGCUACUUUGCGGUCAUUCCGGGAAGCGGCGGCGGGCGGGCAUCCUCCCUACCGCCAUGGCUUCUGGGAGGUGUAGUUCCUCUCAAGAAGGACCUUCUUUGUACUAAACUUUACAUCUGGAAUGCGCUCUGCGUGUUCUUUCUCCUGUUCCAGGAGCCGGCGACGGACGAGGCUCGCUGGCUCUGAUGGAGAUGGUCUGGGCUGCCUCCCCUGCCCCCUGACUGGGGCUAGGAGUGAGGACUGGGGUGCGGGUUGCAGAGGGAGAGGGGGGUAGCUGCGGACCCCUUCCCGUCCUGCCUGCAUCGGUCUACAAGUCUUAUUUGAAAGCAGAUAAGACACUGUGGAAAGUAAAAUGUCAGAAGAUACUGAGGGAAUUGAAAAAGAAAUAGAAGUUGAAUUAAGCAGAAUCGUUGUUUCUUCCUUUGAAGCAGAUGACCUUGACACAGAAGUAUCAGGCGGAGCUUUGAGAGACAGUGAGGCAAUUUCAGAUGACUUGCCAGAAUCAGUUAUCUCCUAUUUAAACUUCAUAAAAAGCAGAAAUCAAGAUGCUGAAAAGUUUAUACUGCAAGACUUAGAAGAUGAAGAAACUGCAAGUAAGAUUUAUGGAGUAGUUUCUUGCCAUGCUUCAGAUUACUUGGCAAAAUUGGCUUCUGAAUAUUAUGAAGAUCCAGAACAAUUUAAAAAAAAGUUUGUUGUGCAGAAACACCAAAUUGCAGUAGAAGAUGAGUUAUGGAAAGAAAAGAAAGCUUGGAGAGACAAAACGAUGCAACAUGAGGAAUUGAUCAUGAAGCUACAGUUGCAAAUGGAAGAUGAGAAAAAUUCCUUGGAAAAGCAGAAAGCAAAAGAAAGACAACACCUGACAGAACAACAAAAUACAGCAGCUGUGAAAAUUCAAGCUAGAUUUAGGUCAUUUUUGGUCCAUAAAAAAUAUGCUCCCAUUUUAAAACAAUGGAAAGAUGAAAUAAAAAAGAAGCAGAAAAUACUAGAAGAAAUAGAGAGAGAAGUGAAAGGAAAAGAGGAAAAAAUGAAAAUGCGAAUGGCAGAAAAUUGGCAAAAGAAAGAAGAAUUAAAAAAGAGACAAGAACUUCUUGAAAGACAGGAAUAUUUGGAACAGGUGAGGAGAUGUGAGGAUUAUGAGAAAAAGAAAGAAAGCCUGAGACUUAAAAGAGAAAAACAGUUGCAAAUAAGAAGAGAAGAUCAGAGAAAACUAGGAGAAAAAAAAGCAAAAGCUGUGAUGAGUGAAAGCACAGAAGAGAAGAAAGGAAACAUAAACAACCAUAAGCAGACAGAAAAUACAAAAGUAGUAAGAGAACAGGAGGAGGAAGAAGUAGAGGAAGAAGAAAAACAGGUUAAAAUGAUGGAUGAAAAAACAUAUUGGAUUAUUCCAGCAGAAAGAACUUUGACUUCAACAUCAAAUAUGCUAGGCUCUGAGAAGGAGCACUUUUUUCAAGUAAAUAAUGACAGCAUAUACAAAAAUUCAGUAACACAUGUAGGAGAAACUUACUCACAAACUAGAGAUCUUAAUAAAGCUUCAAAUAAUCAUACUUCAAACAAUGAAUCUGUUAAUUUUGGAACUAACAACAUGGUAGAAAAUAAGGCAAGCAAUAUAUGCAGCAGUUCAGCAAUCGUCCAACCAGAUGAUAGUGAUAAAGAAGUCAAAGAUCACGUUUCUCAGUCUGAAACAAGGAAGAAAACUGUGUUUCUAAUGGAAGAUGCUAAUGAAGUCAGAGGGACUUCAGACAAAAUUCAAGAUUCAGCUGAGUGUUCCAUUAGUAUAAUUCUUCCUGAUGAUAUUGAAAAGAAGAGAAUAAACUGGAUGAACACAUGUAAAUCCUGGUCUAAAAUACAUGAAGAAAAUCAAAGAAAGAAAGCAGCUGAAAAAAAACGAGCAAGGAAGAGUUCACUUAGCAAGAUGCCUAAAAUGCCUCCAUUAAGUACAGAAAAGAUAAUUCACAGCAGCCCUUGGUGUACUCUGAAGCAGGUCACAACACUUACACUUGAAGAUUUGCCAGCUUGUAGUCUCUCAACGUUAUCUGAGUGUUCAAAUCUUCAAUUUUUGACUCUGAGGCGCUGUGGACUAGUUGCACUGGAAGGACUAAGUAGCUGCAAAGACCUGAAGUAUAUCAAUGUGGAGGAAAACAACAUUCAGAUAAUUGACUGUGAAAAUCUAGAAAAUCUUAGUAUUCUUAUUCUGAGUAAGAACCAUCUUUCAUCAGUUUUUGGCUUAGAUGACUGCAUAAAUCUUCAAAAUCUUGAACUUUCCUACAACAGAAUCACUCGGAUUGGUGGUCUGGAGUCACUGAAAAAUCUUCAGCAAUUAAUUGUGGACCAUAAUCAGUUAAUCAGCACAAAAGGUCUUUAUGAGGCACCUACUCUCAUUCACCUUGACUGCUCUUUCAAUCAUCUCACACAAGUUGAAGGCAUUGAGAAUUGUGGCCUACUUCAAAUUCUGAAGUUGCAAGGCAAUAACCUCCAGGAGUUUCCAAGACUGGAAAAUCAUGUUCUCCUUAGAGAACUAUAUUUGGAUGACAAUAGCUUUUCUGCUAUGAGAAUGCUUCCUUUGUACUGGUUGCCUCUAUUGCAGAUUCUUUUGCUGUCUCAAAAUAGAUUAACUGAGCUUGUGCCUUUGAAUUCAUUUUUAUCUUUGGAAAAGCUGGAUAUCAAAAAUAACUGCUUGUCAGACCUUGAAAGUGUCAUUUCGUGGUUAAGUGGCUGUCAAAAGCUAAAGGAGUUGUCACUCAGUGGAAAUCCUAUUCUUCAAGAAAGAAAUUGGAGGCCUUCCUUUUGUAAGGUCCUUCCUAGUUUACAGUUUCUUGAUGGUGAAAUCUUAAACUAUAAUACUUUACCUACAACUGAAAGGAUCAGAAAAUCAGAAUCAAGUACUUUUAUGGAACUUUGUCAACUUCAAAUUGAAGAAAAUGUUCUACUGAAAAAAAAGGCUGCUGAACUGAGAAUUGCCUCUUCUAUCAAUUCAGCACAGGGACAAUGCUGGUAUUUUAAUCAGUUGAUAAAACUUAGCAUUAAACAUCGAUAUGCACAUGAGUAUGGUCAACUAAACAUUACUGACAGAGAUGGACCAGAAGCACUGCAAAAUCAUCUAAAGCAAACAUCUACUGGCUGCCUACAGGAAAAUAACCUCUUUAUCAUGGGUGCGACCGAAAAUAAACAGGUCUUGUUGGAUCCUUCCAAAAGAUGGAUUGCUACUGGCCAUACUCAGGCCACAUUCAUUAACUCCUCUGUACCUGUGCACCGAAAGGAAAAUAAAGAACAUCAGAAAGUGAAGCAGACGAGCACUGAAUCUUGUAUUAAUUACAGUGGGGAGAGCAAAGGCAACAAUAACAUGUCAGCCGAACUCAUGUUGCAACAGUCAGUGAUAGUAGUAAGUAAUGUGGGAAAAGAUCUUCAGCAUUUUGAGAAUGAUACAGAAAGGCUACAUAUGGCAGCAUCAGUGAUCCAGUCUUUUUGGCGGCAGUACCAUGCCAGGAGGAAAACCGACUGCAUAAAACCAGAGAAUCAUCACUUUAUCGAGUCUUUGAGACAGAAGCAUCAAGCUGCCACACUAAUCCAGGCAUUUUGGAAGGGUUUUCUUUUGCGAAAGAAACUGGCCAGUGCUCUUGCAGCUGUUAAAAGCAAUGAAGUAGAGGAUGACUAUGAAGAAAUAAAUGUGGAUGAUUUCUCAUUCAUGCAAGCUGCAUUAGAGAAGGAAUGGCUAACUCUAUAUUCCACCCGUUUCCCUUCAAAAACACUCCUGCUCUUGAACCAGCUGUACUGGCCAAAGAAGUAUUCUAGGCCUUCACAUUCCAAUGAACAUUCAAAUGGUUCACCACUGUCACCACAAGAAGUUGGGCAGUGCAUUAACAACCCACAUUCAUACUUAGCAGAAAAUAGUAGCUUUCAUAGCAGGUCAGGGAAGGGAACAAUGUCACAGCUCUCUGACUGUAAGGAAAGAAAGAUAUUUUCAUUCAUGUCUCAAAAAGAAGAGAAAAUUUCAGAAGAAUGGGGUUUUAAGGAUAUAUCUACUGCACAGCUAAUGCUGAAGAGGGCCUGUAAAAUGAAGCCUAAAAAGUAUAGUAAUAAAAAUCUAGACCCAGCUGUGAGUGUGGCGUUGUUCAAAAACAAUGAAAAUAAACAUCUCCAUGUGAAACCACUGAGGAAGACACAGCCUAUAAAUGCUAGUUACUUUGAAGGUAAAAAGGAAGAAUUUUCUCAGCUGGAUACUUCUUUAGAUGAGAAAUUACAAAGGAGAAAAGACUUUACAUACAAAUGGCUUCAUACACAGCUUUUGGAUUAUGGAGCUGCUAGUUUCAAAAAUACAAAGUGCUGUCGUUUUUUGCCUGAGUUAGAUCCUGUGAUACGUGAGAGUAGGCGAGUACAACUUGUGGCAAGCCCUGUAAGCAGAGAAGACACGGAUUUAGACCUUGUUUCCAUGGCCAGUGGAAGUGCUUUGACUGAGAACAGAGAAAAAAAUAAGCAGCCACACAGACACUCAGCAAGAUCUUCAAAAAAGAAUAUACCUACUCCAGAAAAAUCAUGUUUGGGUCCAUCUUAUAAACAGCGGAUAUCAUUUCGAGACCAUCCAGUGCAGUUCAGCGGAGGAUGGGGAGCAGGCAAAAAAAGGACGAAGCUUAAAAAUAUUGGAGAUAAUUUAACUAGUUGAUUUAAUCCAACAUGGAGGGCAUAUGGAGAGAUGUUUCUCUUUAAGCCUAUGAAUAUUAAUUUUUGGAUUCUCAUUUAGUACCAAUAUAAAGAGUUUCAAUUAACUACGUUUGACUUUUUUUGUUAUACAUGGUUUCAGUGGUUUGGGUUGGUUUUGUUUUGGUCAAAGUAUUUUAUACCUGUCAGUAAGUUAUCAUAGUUUGUGUUUUCAAUUACUUGUAUGUUCAUGUUGUGUAGAAUGCAGAGCUGAUUAACCCUACUGUUGUACAGUGAAUAAGUUUAGGCUUGCUUAUAACAACUGGUUGAGAUGUGCAAAUUUAAUAAUGAUUCAUGCUCAUGUGAUAUACGUCACAUAUCAAAACAGUGAAUUCUCAUUUUCUCACAAAUAAAAUACGUGUUUGCAAACUGUUGUG